ACGCCGAUUGCAUUGAAAGCGUGAGCGUGGAACGAUAGAGGAAGGGAGACAGCAAGCUGAGCAAACAUACGAAAGGAAGAGAGAGAGAGAGAGUCAAAGCACAAAAGGUAGAGACGAGCGGGAGAGGGAGAAAGAGCGAGAGAGAAAGAGCGGAGCAGACGGGAAAGGCGGAAAAGGAGAAUCGCAAGGUACGCGAACGCGAGCGCGAGUCCGUCGUCCGUCACGCACCGAGUGUUUGCCUCGGCUGGCUGGAACGAACGCGCCGUUUCCCAGGGAGAAAAUGAGAGCGACGUCCUCGUGCUCGUGAAACUAUAGGAGGAGGAUCCGAGCGCAACGCUUGAGAAGGUAGGAAAUGUACGGCGCUGAGAGGGAGGAGGUGUCUGAAAGUUGGCUGCACACGUAUGACCUGAGCAGUACUAUGAUCCCCAAUGCGAGCACGGCGAUGGACGACGAGGAGCAUUUCUGCAAGCUCAUCCUGUACAAGGAGAUCAAGGACUCCAGAGUGCGCAUAUGGGACGUCAUCAUCCUGGUGCCGAAUCUCCUGUUUCUCCUGUUCAUCGCGAUGCGGUUCAACAGAGCGAGGCUUAAGUUACGCGCAACGAGUAGUCCGAUAUUUUUAGCGUUUUACGGUCUGGUCAUUUGUAACGUAGUUAUAUCAGUGGUGCGAUGCGUCGUGUCGAUGACGGUGAACGCGGCGGCGACGGUCGGCGGCAAGGCCGACAAGGUCCUAUGGGUCACAGUGAGAUUUUUUCUACUCUCCACCGAGAUGAGCGUAGUUAUAUUUGGUCUAGCGUUUGGUCAUUUGGACAGCCGCUCCAGUAUUCGUAGAGUAUUACUCGCUACAUCCCUCAUAGCGCUGGCGUUCACGAUCACCCAAGGAACACUGGAGCUGGUCCUGCCGGACGACACAUUUCAUAUUCCCAGCCGCGACUUUUACGUAUUCGGUCACGGCGGUAUGAUGUUUUGGUUUUGCAGCAGUCUCGUUUUCACAACGAUAUAUCUCUUCAUAUUAAUACUGCCAUGGACACGGUUGCGGGACCGCCUAGCACUUCCUACACGGAAAAGCUUUUAUGUUUACGCCGGUAUGCUAGCGACGUUGGACCUAGUACAGUCGAUUGGCGCAGGCUUUUUAAAUUACACGCAAAAUCCGGUAGGAUUAUGCAUCGUAGACUUCACUGCAGCGGUUUAUUUAACCCUUUUUACCCCUUUGGUUUACCAUACAUUCCUGUCGGAAUUCUUCGGGGUCUCGCAACCUUCGAUAAUGUUCUCUUACAAAGCGCAAGUGGACGACGCGAUGGACGAAGACACUGUGUCGUUACCGCACCAACAGAGUUUUUCAUCCUUGAAAACCGACAGCGAUUACAUCUAUCAGGUCCAUACUCCGUCUAUUCACAUACCGCUAUAUGAUUCCCAGGCACUGAAAUCCUCCAGACGGGGAGCUUCACUUUAUUCCUUAACAUCCGCUAAAGAUCCCAAAAAUAAUGACUCAAGCACUUUCGGUUCACCAGUUAAGCCAUAUUGCUCGACAUCCGGUAUUGGAAGCUUUGGUAGAGAUCCCAACGCACAAAAAGGCAUCUCGGAGGUGGCUGAUUACCCCUUAAUUAAGUCCGCUGCUAUCCAAAAGAGUGUACCAGACCUAAGGCUCUCCAGUCCGACGCGAAAACCCAUUCCUGUUACGUACGGCAGUCCCGGUAGCAUCUCAAAUUUAUUUCUCUCGACCGAUACCGCUAGUAACUUCUUUUACAAGCCAAACACAAUUGACAGCAAAAUUAAUCUAUAUUCUCAAACGAGGAAAAGUAGUUCAGAGAGUAUAUCGCAUAAAACAACCGUAGAUCACGCGGCCGUGAUUGAGAAUAUUUCACACCGACAUGAUGGUUCCUCGGAGAUAUCUCAAGCUCCAGCGUUAGAGAAUACCUUACAGUCCAUCCUGGAAAGCGGGACGCGCGAAAUCGAAACGGAAGAUCCCCAAGAAUCUCUAAAGACAACUGACACUGACAAUUUAGUCGAAGACGGUGCCGCUAGCGUGGAUCUGAGCCAUUUAAUGACGCGUGUCGGCACCGAGAUUUUUAAAACUUUCUCGGACGAUAUGUCGCCUGAUUUAUCUGACCCUUCAAACGUCACGCAGCAAUUACUUCCUAGAGCAACUUCCUUUACCAGCGCGAGCAGGAAGAGCAAGAAUGAUUCGCAAGAAGGAGAGUCAGGUGGCUUAAGCGAUUAUUUAUUAUCCAUAACAUCCCCGAAAUUUAAUCACAGUGUUUAUGACUCGACCCAGUUCGACACGAACGCUACGCCAAUCAACCCGCUCUACGCGGCGUCUCUUCAAAGCCCAGAUAGUAUUACCGGUUACAGUAUAGACAGUCAAGAAACGCCGAAUCCGCCGAAUGGUUACCAACAAUGAGCCGUAUCGCUCAUAUCGAUUCGGGGGUGCGCUAUAAAAAUAACAGAACGAGCCUGAGUACGAGUUACUCGACGAUCAAAUUGCAAUUUUGCUAAGAGCUUCGUGAGAUCCUCUCUAAAUGAGAAAUUUGUUACUUUUUUCCGAAAAAAAAGCGUGUUAUGCGAAAGAAGUUUGGGAUUUGGAGUGAGGUACGAUUGUUGUAAGUCAACGGAAGGAUUCUAGUCGCCCUCAAGUAUUUUUAGGGCCGCGUAAUUUACGGAUAAAAAUACAGAUGCUUUUUGGUCUCCAUGUGAUAGUUGGCGCUGAUGCCCAAAUUGUGAUCACGAAACGCUGGAAGAAAUCUCGCAAAACUCGGAAUCUCCAGUUUAGCUUUAGUUUGCUUCAUUUAGGGCGAAUUCUCGGAAAGAUGAUUAGAGGUAGCAUAUUUUAAUUCACAUUAGUUUUGUACUUAGAUAGACUUUGGAAUCUCAAAUGAAUUUUUACUGUGCACGUGAAAAAAGAAUAUUCUUUUCGGCAAUGUUACGCAUUUUUAUCUCGAAGUAAGUACAAGACGUAGGUCAUUCUAGGAUUCGCAUACUUCCUCCCGAUCGCAGAUUCAUUUACCGUGACUCUCUUCAUCCCCAUUUCACAUGUAUUUUUUAUCCAGACAUAAAAUCAGUAAAAAAUAGUAAUUAAAGACAAAUUCACUUCUGAAUGCCUUAGACUAACGUAGUUAAUACAUGCGACUUUUAGAAUGCCCUAUACGCACGGUGCGAUCAUCAUCACGACGUAUCAUCCCCGUCGAUAAAUGCUAUUGUUUUGUAUCGAGAACUGCAAGUUGGUGCGCCGGCCGUGGAUCCUAGUAAGGCGGACAAAACACUUAGAUUUAUAACUUCUGAAACUUGCUUAUCGUUUCUCCGUCCAAAGUGGACGUCGUCGUAUCGCUCGAAAGUCCUCGUUGCGCGGCGAAGCGGCGCGCGGACGACAAGCCGGACACUCGCUAUUUUCUUACUUUUGCAUCGAAAAAUCAUUAGAUCGAUUAAGGGACAAUAGGAGUCAUUAAAGUUAAACGUCGCGCGGAGAUAAUUUUUAGACUUAAGGAAAGAAAAAACUCUUCAAAUGCUCCAAUAAUUACGAAGACUCCAUCCAUGAUGUAUAUACAUGAUAUGUAAUUCUAGUGUAAAGGAUCGUACUAUUUAUAUAUCUUAAUAUAUACAUAUAUUAUAUAUAUAAUAUAUAUAAUAUAUAUUUAUCAAUAUAAUACGUAUCUCCGUAUCGUAAUUAAAUUCGUACAACUGGCAGGUUUUAGGAUACUUGCUCCUGCGCUGCCCGCAUUUUUCACCUGGACGUUCGUCUCGCGCAGGGAAAGAGGAGGGAAAAUAAAAGAUAAAAAGGAAUAUGAAAUUAGCGUCCGCUAUCGUCAUUCUCGAAGACGCGUUCAUGAGGUUGUAACGUAGAUUCCUCCGUUUUCCUACGUUAAAAUUAGAGGAGAGAGGGAAUCCAGGAAGGAGCAAAAUUAAUAGUGAUAUACAACGUAACUUAUUUUCUAGCGUAAAUUCGUUCGAAUUUGUAUAUACGAAACGGUGUGCGUGGAACGAUGUUACACAAUGAGUCUCUCUGUCAAUUGCAAUUGCUUUUUACCAUCUCCGACUAUCCCGUCACCCUGCACUCUCCACGAAUGUUACCUGCGUCGUCUGACCGUGUGAUUCUUUUGUAAGCAUCGAGUGCAGUGUAUAAGGCAAUAUAUUGUGACCGCGUCGUAUAGCUAUACCUAAUUUUAAAAAAAGUAAAAUAAACAUGAAUGACAAUUCAA